AAUUCUCGAUCUCACAAUCACAGCCGGUUAAUCAGACAAAUCGCACGUGCUGUCCGCUGAAGACGUUCGCCAACAAAUUGUGCUCCAAGUGUGCAGACGUCAUGAACAAUUGAUUUCAGUGAAAUUCCUUCGAGAAUUUUUUGGUAAAAGUUACUUUGUUUUUGAAAAUGCGUGAGUGUGGUGACAGGAUACGAAGGGAGAGAGCAUCCCCUUCGAGUCCACGUUUGGUGCUGAGGCGUGUUCUGGUGCUUUCUGAGGGUAGGCAGUUCAGGGAAGCAGCGCAGGCUUUGCAGAAAUUAGGGGCGAGUAGUAUAGCGGCUGCUGCCUCAGACCUACCCUUGGAUUUGCUUGUUGAGGGGCUGCCUCAUUCUGCGCAAUUGCUGGAAACUCUUUUCAAUAAAUUGAUUGCUUCAGGCCAAAGACCAAAUAUCAACGCAGAGCAAGUGGUAUGGCAAUUGGUUAAACUGUUUUCCUCUUUGGACGACCCAACACUCAAGACCAAGGUUUUCAGGCUAUCCAAAGCCAUCUUGGAGUAUCAGCCGGAUUUUCACAGACUUCUCACACAAAGAAGAAAAUCUCUGGAUCAAGCUAUACAAGGUUUGGGAAGCCAUGGACUCAUGCAAGAUGCUAGUGGCUUGACUCACCUCCACUCGGCUCUAAAAAAUGAGCUGUUGCGACACAUAGACGCUUACAAAACAGCUUUACACCGUUUGGACGAAUUGCAUCUGGUUUCUUCUGACUCUAAAAAACCCGUGGACGCUUCACACCAAAGACUGUUAAACUUACACCACCACGACGUACAGCAGAGACUGAUCGACAAUAAGACAAUUUUGACAAUUCUGGACAAACAAGCACUUCAACAAUUAAGACCACUCAUAGAAACUUUAGCUACAAGGGUACAGAAUGACAAGGAAGCUUUAUUUUGUAUAUCACAAAUCAAAAAAUUGCAUCCAGUGGAUGAACAGAUACCAGUCGCAAAAUUGUUGAUGUCGUUUUCUAAGGGUUGUGGAGCACUUCUUGAGCUGAUGCAAGCACCGGAGAGUCCAUGUAAUAGCGAGGGCUACCAUUCAGAGCCAGAGAGCGAUUGUGACAGUGGGAGAGAUGCAGUCGAAAGGUAUGCAGCCCUCUACUACCAAAGCCGGCCCAGAGCUCUGGAAGCUUUGGAUUCCCUUCCAGAUUUGAUGCAUGCCACGCAAUUGAAGUCAAAAAUACUCUUUUCUGUCGUUGUUCUGGCUUUCCGAACAUGUAAAUCCAUCCGAGAGCAGAAGAUCAGAGAAGUGUUUCACGUAUUGAAAGUGGACCAUCCUAGGAUCGCGCCAGCUCAGUCUUUGAGAGAGGAGACCAUGCGAUACCUUUCGGCUUCCAGUGACACUUUUCCACUCGAUGAUGCGGAAAAUCAGGUCCGCUCCCUCGUCUGCGAUACGUUGAGGGAGUAUAAAUGUUUGGAGGAGAGCGCUGCUUUGAAGGGAUACGUCAGGGAGGUGACCAGGGCAGCGUGGUAUUUGGUCAACCAGGUACCACCGUAUGAGUUGGAUACGGAUUUUCAAACGCCUGUGCGUAUGCAAUCCAACAAACACCAACGUCACCAUUCUGCCGACCGCACCUCAGACAUGGUACGCUCUUAUCUAUGGCCUGGCUUGCAUCUUCAAAAUAUUUGUGUAUAUAAAGCAGUUGUGAUCACCGGAACCACAUGAAGAGAAGAAUUAUCUUCGACUGUAUAAUAUAUUUGUAUAAAAUAUCUUAAAUUACACUAAGUAUUAUUUUUUUAAUGUGAUCUAAAUUAUUUUCAUUUUCUUGUUGAGUUAUGUUUAAAAAUUAAAUGUUUGUGUGCCUAUCUGGAAAGAAACACAGCAACAGCUGAUUCACUAACUCUGGGCCAAACAAAGGUUCCCUUCAAAGAGUUUACCCCUUUUUUUAUAACUGAUAUAGGUACCUAGGUACUGAGUUCUUUAGUAGAUUACCUACCUACAUCUUAUAUUGUGAACUGUUCUUAUUCUAUUCUGAUUCACAAUUUUUCUUUGAUAAAUUCUAAUAUGAACAGACUUGUCCUUCAUUAUGUGUACUCAACAAAGAAAAUCCAAUAUGGUAAUCGUGAGUACCCUCAUAAGCAUAUGAAUGAUAACCGAAAUUCACACAUCAAAGUAAACAUGCUUUUCAUGAAUCCACUUAUAAUUGAUAAGAUUAUUGCAUGAUUUUAAGGACUUCCAUAAAUACAAUGACAUAUUCCAAAUGAAAAGUUUAUCUUUCUAUCUUAGUUAUUAGGUGAAGAUAAAUACCUAUAGGAAUUCUAUAAAUUAUACUUUUUGAAUAGUA